AUGGUUCCAAUACAGCAGAAUGCCCGGCUUCCUCUCUUUUUGCUGCUGGGGCUCUUGGGAAUGGUGAUCUCACUCCAUGCCCAACCUCCUAAUUUAACCCGGGCUCAGUGGUUUGAGAUUCAGCACAUAAAUAUGGCCCACCCUCAAUGCAAUGAUGCAAUGCGGGUGGUUAACCGUUACAGAAUGGAGAUGCCUAACCGUCCCAGAAUGGUAUGCAAAAAUCAAAAUACUUUUCUCCACACAACGUUUGCUGAAGUAGCUCGUGUUUGUACCACCAGAAAUGUAUGCUGCCCUUCAUCAUGCAGGAAGAAUUGUCAUAUUAGCUCAGUUCAAGUGCCUGUAACCCACUGCAACCUCACAAGAAAUGCACGACAUUAUAUGGACUGCCGUUAUACACCGACACAGGCACAGAAGAGCUUCAUCAUUGCGUGUGACAACAGAUCACCACAGGACAAUGCCACGUACCCCGUGGUUCCAGUUCACUUGGAUGUGAUCAUCUAA